CUGUCAGGUUUACUGCCAGCGCUAGUUCCCAAGAGAAUCCUAAGUGGAAAAUUACUGUACAGCAGUGGUUCCCAAACUAGGGGGCGUGCCCCCCUGGGGGGGCGCGAGGAGGAUACAAGGGGGGCGUGAAGUCAUCUGCUCAAAAUUAUUUGUUUAAUUAGAAUAAUAAAAUCAUUCAAAGAACAAAUAUCUGUCAUUACAUACAUGCAAAGUAUAAUUAUAGCAGUCACUCCAACCCAUUUUCUAUUAAGCUAGUUCUCUUUACACGUUUUGGACAAGUCAAUGAUACCAACCACACUGACGCGACUGAGGGACUCGUCACAAACUCCCAAUACUCCAUCCCGUCAACCUGAGCACAUAUUCCCCUUGUCCACGGUAGGGAUUUAUUUCACUCUUCAAUUCUGGAUCACAUACGUGUAUGAGUGACAUUGUAACCUUGACGAUUUGCAAGGGUAGAACGAUGCAGAAUGGAAUGUCUUGUUGAUUGUGUGAAAUACUCAUUGUGAUCGAAAGUUUGAAAUGUGAAUAAUACGCGGUGAGUUUUGUACGCUAGUUUGAAUAUAUGUGGUGAAGUGUGUGCGUUGAUUCCAGUAUAGGCGGCGAAAAGUGUGUGUGACAAAUUAAGUGUACUGUAUAUGUUGCUGGGUUGAUGGUUCAAUCGCCAUAUCUAUUUACUUAAUAAAAAAACGUUAAUAAAAAUCUCAGACAGCAGAAAGAAGCGAAUCUAUUUAAAAAAAAAGUGGAAAUGAUAAAACAAAGCCAAAAAACACGAUAACAGACUAAACCACUGCAAACACAAACUCAACUCUCGACACGCAAACAAAACUAAACCACCGUGCGCGCACUACUCUACAUCACACCAAAAACGUACCAUCAUAUCACAAUUCAGUCAUCGCCAAAAUCGCUAAUAUAAGAUCCAACAAACAAAGGUACAUGAGCACAACUAUGCCAAGGUCGACUGUAUGCAAAACAUCGCUCGUCAAAUCAACACAUUACAUCACAGUAUAACUGAGCAUUUUCGUGCGUUUAGUUUUACUCCGUUUGCUUCUUCUCGUUGUAUUUUCCGCAGUUGUUCUCAUUGUCAUUAUUGUUAAGAUAUAAGCCACGUUGUGUGCUGAAUAUUUGUGGUAUGUUACAGAUUUAUGAUUUCCAGUUGUGUGAUCUAUGUUAUAUGAAUGUGUGGUGUGGUGCAUGCCAAUACGGUAUGUUAUAUAACUACUUAGUUCCAUGGUGCAGUUUAUAAGUUUGUUGCUAUUUUCACUUGGCAGAAAUGUCUGGGGCAAGGAAAAGAAAGUAUUCAGAUGAAUAUAUCAAGUAUGGCUUCACUGUUAUAGAGAGGAAUGGAUUUCAUCUCCCUCAGUGUGUCAUAUGCCAUACAGUCCUCAGCAAUGACGCCUUAAGACCUGGUCGUCUGGAGCGACAUUUGAGCACAAACCACAAAGCAUUAAAAGAAAAGCCAAAGGAGUUCUUCACAGCCAAACUGCAUGAGCUGAAUCGUAUGAAGCUGGACUCAAGCAGUGUUUUUCAUCAAGAAACGUGGAAACUGGUGGAAGCAUCUUACGAGCUGUCACUACUUAUGGCAAAAGCAAAGAAGCCUCACUCUGUGGGGGAGACUCUUGUAAAACCCUGCCUUUUGAGUGCUGCAAAUACUGUGCUUGGGGAAGAAAGCCAAAGAAAGUUAUCAAAGAUUUCCUUAUCAGAUAACACAGCGAAGCGUCGCAUUGACGAACUUUCAGAAGACAUAAAAGAACAAGUUUUGGACAAAAUAAAAGCAUCUCGCUUCUUUGCAAUACAGUGCGAUGAAAGUACUGAUGUUGCUCACCUCUGCCAGCUGCUUGUUUAUUCUCGAUUCGUGGAUGAAGGAACUGUGAAAGAAGAAAUUCUUUUCUCAGCAGCACUGGAGACAACAGCAAAGGCCAUUGAUGUUUUUUUCAAAAGUUGAUGAGUUUUUCCAAGAGCACGGUCUUUCAUGGGAAAAAUUAGUCGGUGUUUGUACUGAUGGUGCCCCAUCAAUGAUUGGAUCUCGCUCUGGAUUUGUGAAGUUGGUGAAAGAAAAAAAUCCUGCUGUAACUGGGACUCACUAUGUUAUCCACAGACAAUCAUUAGCAAGCAAAACUCUGCCUGGUAAUCUACGCAGUUCACUGAAUUUGGCAAUAAAAGUGGUGAAUUUUGUAAAGAAUAGCUCUUUGAAUUCUAGGCUUUUCGCAGCUCUUUGCUCAGAUUUGGGCACUGAUUAUAAGACUCUCCUGUUUCACACCGAAGUCCGCUGGCUUUCCAAGGGAAACAUGCUGAGUCGUCUUUACGAGCUCAAAGAUGAAGUGGAAAUUUUCUUGCAGAAGCAGAAACAAGACAAACUGUAUGAAGCAUUCAGAGAGGAAGACUUUCAGCUCUCACUAGCAUACCUUGUGGACUUUUUUGAGGCUAUCAACAACCUCAAUUUGAAGUUACAAGGAAGAAACACAAACAUCAUUGCACACUCUGAUGUGAUCAGAGCUUUCACCGAAAGAAUUCAUCUUUGGAAACGAAAAGUACAAGCUGGGAACUUUUCAUCGUUCUCACAUCUGAAUGAGCUCUUAUCUGAGAAGAGAAACAUUGAGCAGUAUGACAUGACAAAAGAGGUUUUAUCACAUCUGCAUUCCCUUGCUGAGGAAUUUAUGCACUAUUUUCCAGAUGUCUCAAUGGAGAAUUCUCUUUGAACAUUGGUGCAGAAUCCAUUUAACACUGAUGUGGAGUUGUUACUGGAAUCACUGCAAGAGGAAGCCAUCGAUUUGAAAUGUGACUCCAGCGGGAAAAGGGACUUUGAAACAAUGAAGUUAGAAGAGUUUUGGGUGAAAUAUCUCCCCAUGUACCCAAAAGUAGGUGAAGAAGCACUUCGUGUGAUUCUUCCCUUUUCUUCUACUUAUCUUUGUGAAGCAGGAUUUUCAGCUCUUGUUGUUCUGAAAACAAAACAGCGCAACCGACUUGAUGUAGAAAAUGACUUGCGUUGUGCGCUGUCAUCCUUCAAUCCUAGAAUUUCUGAUCUUGUGAGGAAGAAGCAGCAGCAUCCAUCUCACUAAAUUAGUUCAUAAAUUUUGCCUUAGUCUCAUGAGUCAUUCCAAAUAUUAUAUGCCAUGUUUUCAAAUUAUUUUUUCUUAAAAUUGCAACUCAAUUUUGCCAAUUUGCUGAUGUUCAAACCUUUUUUUUCGCUCACUUUGAACCAAAUGUUUCCUUUUUAGUUACUGGAAUGUAGUAUUAUUUGUUUGAGUGGCUUUCAUUAUUAAAAUGUAAUACAAACAAAUAUGUUUUUCUGAACAAUGCUAAGAAAUAAAUGUAAGAAUCAUUUCAUAUGAAAAAAAAAAAAGAACUGGGGGCGUGCGGGUCUACUGGAAGCAAAAAGGGGGCGUCAGGUAAGAUAGUUUGGGAACCACUGCUGUACAGCAUCACAGACAUACUUUAACCCUUUAAAAGCGAAUUCUUAAAUGUUGACAUUUUUACUACGCUUGAUAUUGUCACGAGAGGGCAAGAUCAUGAAGAUACCCAGACUGAGUCCCAGCUGAAGUGGAGGAUGACGUCACACUACGUCACCUCGCCGGCCGCCUACCCUGGGGCUCGGGAGUAUCACGUGACGUGUAGCAGCCCUGGGAUUGGUGGCGGAACAGUUUGGGAGACAGAGUGGCGGGAGAACACUGGUGAGGGAAGAAAGCCCGCGCGUCGCCGACACUGCCUCCUGUACUUGUAUGUGCCUUUGUGAGCUGGAGCGAGGCGUCAAGAAGCCUUCCGAGGGUCGACAAGAGGCCCGGGGUGCCGAGCUACAGCAUAGGACUACUGUGUAGUGUGAGCAACGGAGAAUAGAGGGCCAGAAGCCACAAGUGUGUUUUACUACUCGCCUUCUGAGGGGAGCCAGGGGAGAACACGGAGCGCCGCAGGGUAAGUUCACCGUCACGUAUGCAGGAAGCACCGGACCCUAAAAGUGUAAGUGUGACUGCCCACGGGGUGGUGAAGUUACAAUAUUAUAGUCAUUAUCAUUAGAACCGAAAAUAUAAGUCUGAUAGUGUCAUCAAUAAUAAAAUGUAAUUUGAUUUAUUACAGCAAUUCAAAGUGAUAAAUAAAUAAAUAGAGGAAAUCAUAGGCCCUCAAAAUUCGCGCGCUUUCCAAAAGCGCGUGAAUCUCUCUCUCUCUCUCUCUCUCUCUCUCUCUCUCUCUCUCUCUCUCUCUCUCUCUCUCUCUCAGCUUUAUGUAGACAUCCUAAAUUUGUAGUGUCUGCCUUUACAACUCUAAUUUUCUCUUCCACUACCACGUUUUCUAUUAUGUACAGGAUGGCUUCUACCCGGCCGGUCACGAAGAGUUGCCAGAGGUCUUCUACUUUUAACAAAAACUCGAGUGGGGGCAUUGUUAUAAGAUUUGAAGCUCUUGUGAUGGCAUGAAUAAGUUGCCAGCGAUCACUAGAACACAGCUGAAGCGAAGCCUGCCGCAAAAAUUCGAAACAUACGCUGCGAAAAAUUCAUGAUUACAUAAACGAUUGCUGCAUCACGGGAUAUAAGAGACUUGAUUAUUUAAGCGAUCGCAGCGGUUUAUGGGUUAAUAUUUUGGGUCAUGCAUGACUUCAUAUUCUACUCAGGACAUUCCGUUCCAUAUUGUUACACUCAGUAAUGAUUGCUGAACCUAAACAUGAUUUAAAAUUUUUUGAAAAUAGGAAAUUAACAGAAAUAUGAUGAGUUGUAGUGAAAAAUUGUGUCUGAAAUGUUUAUAACGUUCUGAGCCACUGAUCGAAGUCCUUUACACAGUCUCCUGCCUUUAUUUUGAUUAUUAUUUCAUAUGCCCUGACUUGUAACAACAGAGAUUAUCACAAAUUAGUAUUCACCUUCAGUACUCAUCUAUGUAAGCAGCUAGAGGAUGAAAUAUUCUCCAGCUGAUGGUACUUCGUCCUCGUAGGUAAGGUCCUUGGUGUAUCAGCACCAGAGAGCAGUCCUAACUUACCAGACAAGUUACAAAGUCAUAAGUGUUUGCUGAGUCGCAGCUUAACAUGUUGAAGUUACAAAGAGUUUGGUUUAGUAAAUUGUUUAAUAAAUACAGUCCCAAGAUAAGGAUAUGUGGUCACAGAUCCUCAUUAAUGCCAAAACCCUCAAGAGAGCUGGAGAAAAGCAUUCUAUGUGAAGGAUGUACAUCCACUAGUGAAGGAGUGGCAGCGACUAUGUGAGGUGGAUGUAAGGGAAAAGGAGCAACUUGAGAAAGCAGUGUGCGAUAUCGUGCAGGACACGCGGCAGCCAAGGAGCCUUGGAGAAGUGAAGAUGCCUCCUAUUGCAAUGGUGAAAUCAGACAUUCGGAACCUUCAGUUUUUGCAAAAAGACCACAGCGUACUGAUAGUAUAAAAAUAGUCACUUGGAGUAUUAAUCGAGUAUGUGCAAAGCUAGAAAAGUCAAUGUAGAUUAUUUGUUACAUGUUUAUGAUAUAACUGCACUAAUUAACCAGUUAAAAUGUCUCUAUGUAUUUGUCCUACCACAGGAAAACAGUAGGCAUGGCAGACAGAGGUGGUAUUAUCAUGCUUGUCAAAAAAAAAAAAAAAAAAAAGUAUAAGAUUGACCUAAGUGUACGUGACCAGGUAUGGUUACAGCUUGGUAUUUUUUUAGCAUCAUUCCCCCUUGUGACUCCCAGUACUAUUCCCAUGAUAGUUUUGCUUCUAUCCAGGAAAAUAUAAAGUCUAAUCACAUGAGGAAUGGCUAUGUUAUAGGCAACCUGAAUGCUAGGUUCGGGAAGGCUGUUAGGGACUUGGCAAUAAUUUGUGUUACCAGAAAUGGAUAUUUCUUACUCCAUCGAAAAUGACAUGGGUCAGAUGAAUAAUAAUGCAGAAUUUUUAUCAUCAAUAUAAGAUGGUGGUGGUGAAUAACCUCAAAACUCCACUGAUACUUCAUUAGUAAGAAGGCAUUUUUGGAAGCAUGAUACAUGGUUAUCAGAGUAAGAUACAACUAUUGUGUCUAUUGUCUAGUUGAUUAUGUCCUCAACUUUGCAGUCAUUAAAAAACUAGAUCUUCCAACCACACCCCUAUCAGUAUGUCAUUGAGUGAACCAGGGACAACGUGCUGGCCAGGGGUGCCUUGCUUUGGGACUACGAGGUGCUGUAUAGCAUUGUGGCAAGGUAUGGGCAUGGUAAGAAAACCUGUGAGCUUUAAUAAUAUAGAAACACAAAUUUGCUGUUAAUAUUACAAGUAUUGAUGUAUUUAGAGAAGAUAAUGACAUCAUUGCUUUUGCUAAGGAUAUAUUGUAUGUACUGCUUGAGUGUGUUCAAAAUAACAGGAGUACAACUGAAACAGGUUGUUUCACUUUGAGUAGGUGGAAGAGGCUGUUGGGUGAUGCUGAUGAUGCUAGAGUAUGGAGAGCCAUUAGCUGGAAAGGGGACUUUGAGAUAUCCAACUGUAACAAGACAGAGUUUAAGGGAGAUGUGUGAUUGAAAAGCACCCCAAAAAUGUGAAAAAUAUGAUCUGUGACAAAAAAAUAUAUAUGAUAAGCAUGCGCUCAUCAUAUAUUUCACGAAGGUUUAUGGCAAAAUGCACAAUACUUACAUUUUAAGACCCAUUUUAAAGAUCCUGUACUCAGCCUCAUGCUUUUGUUUACAUCAGUAGUGUCUUUCCCCCCCUUCCCCCCCAAAAAAAAAUCUUGAUUUUUUGAAUGAACAUGAUAUGGUAACAGGGAGGAGGCAGUAGACACCUGCCGAAACGAUAAUUACUCCCAGUGAGGUCUAAAGCACUGUUCAGGGGGUGCUGUGAACUUAUUAAACCCAGCUGUGACCUCACUGAACGUUUCCCUUUGUGUCUCACAACACAAGGGGGUAGUCACAGCCUGCCCUCUAAAGACAACUCUCUUCCUCCACACAAAACUACAAGCACCUAAUAACACACACACCCUUCACUCAAAAAUUUUAAAAUCAUGGCGACUCCUACACCAGCCUCGGAGUCCCCCUCUGGGGAGGGGACCAUAAAUGUCCCCAGGUCGGACUGCCUUUCCGUCGACGACCCUAAGUGUCUUGACACCCCCCUCAACUUUUUCUUCAUUAACUUCUGCAACAUUCGCGGUCUAAGAUCUAAUUUUCAAUCUGUAGAACACCACCUCUCCUCUUCUAAACCUCAUCUUCUUUUCCUCACUGAAACUCAGGUGUCUGAGGCAACUGACAGUAGCCCCUUUUCUGUUCCCUCCUACUUUCUCUAUCCUCAUUUUCGAUCCAAAGCUGGAUGCUGCGUUUAUGUGCGCAAUGAUUUAACCUGCUCUCGUGCCCACGCUCUUGAAUCUUCCGAGUUUUCGACCAUCUGGCUACGACUACAGAGUCACUCUCAUACUAAAUUUAUCUGUGCUGUAUACCUCUCUCCUAAUUCCUCUGACUAUAAGAAAUUCUUUGACUACUUAACUUCCAAAGUGGAGCACAUUCUGACCCUCUUCCCUUUUGCAGAGAUCUCCAUUCUUGGAGACUUCAAUGUUCACCACCAGCUUUGGCUUUCCUCUCCCUUCACUGACCAUCCUGGUGAACUAGCCUACAACUUUGCUAUCCUCCAUGACCUAGAGCAAUUGGUGCAACACCCUACUCGUAUUCCUGACCGUCUUGGAGAUACGCCCAACAUUCUUGACCUUUUCUUGACCUCUAAUCCUUCUGCUUAUGCUGUCACCCUUUCUUCUCCGUUGGGCUCCGCCGAUCACAAUCUCAUGUCUUUAUCUUGUCCUAUCACUCCAAUCCCUCCUCAGGAUCCCCCUAAGCGAAGGUACCUCUGGCGUUUUGCCUCUGCUAGUUGGGGGGACCUGAGGAGGUAUUUUGCUGAUUUUCCUUGGAAUGACUACUGCUUCCAUGUCAGAGACCCGUCUUUGUGUGCUGAGCGCAUAACAGAGGUGAUAGUGUCUGGCAUGGAGGCGUACAUUCCUCACUCUUUUUCUCGUCCUAAACCUUCUAAACCUUGGUUUAACACAGCUUGUUCUCGUGCUAUACAUGAUAGAGAGGUGGCCCACAAAAGGUACUUAAGCCUUCCAUCACCAGAAUCUCAUGCACUUUAUAUUUCUGCCCGGAACCAUGCCAAGUCUGUUCUCCAACUAGCCAAAAAACUCCUUCAUUAACAGAAAAUGUCAAAACCUUUCAAGAUCUAACUCCCCUCGUGAUUUCUGGCAUCUAGCCAAAAAUAUCUCCAAUAACUUUGCUUCUUCUUCUUUCCCUCCUCUAUUUCAACCAGAUGGCACCACUGCUAUCACAUGUAUUUCUAAAGCUGAACUCUUCGCUCGAACCUUUGCUAAAAACUCUACCUUGGACGAUUCCGGGCUUGUUCCUCCCUCUCCUCCACCCUCUGACUACUUCAUGCCACGUAUUAAAAUUCUUCGUAAUGAUGUUUUCCAUGCCCUCGCUGGUCUAAACCCUCGGAAGGCUUAUGGACCUGAUGGGGUCCCUCCUAUUGUUCUCCGAAACUGUGCCUCCGUGCUUGCACCUUGCCUAGUCAAACUCUUUCAGCUCUGUCUGUCAACAUCUACCUUUCCUUCUUGCUGGAAGUUUGCCUACAUUCAACCUGUUUCUAAAAAGGGUGACCGCUCUAAUCCCUCAAACUACCGUCCUAUUGCUUUAAUUUCCUGCUUAUCUAAAGUUUUUUAAUCUAUCCUCAACAGGAAGAUUCUUAAACAUCUAUCACUUCACAACCUUCUAUCUGAUCGCCAGUAUGGGUUCCGUCAAGGCCGCUCUACUGGUGAUCUUCUGGCUUUCCUUACUGAGUCUUGGUCAUCCUCUUUUAGAGACUUUGGUGAAACUUUUGCUGUUGCCUUGGACAUAUCAAAAGCCUUUGAUAGAGUCUGGCACAAAACUUUGAUUUCCAAACUACCCUCCUACGGUUUCUAUCCUUCUCUCUGUAACUUCAUCUCAAGUUUCCUUUCUGACCGUUCUAUUGCUGCUGUGGUAGACGGUCACUGUUCUUCUCCUAAAUCUAUUAACAGUGGUGUUCCUCAGGGUUCUGUCCUGUCACCCACUCUCUUCUUAUUAUUCAUUAAUGAUCUUCUAAACCAAACUUCUUGUCCUAUCCACUCCUAUGCUGAUGAUACCACCCUGCACUUUUCCACGUCUUUUCAUAGACGUCCAACCCUUCAGGAGGUAAACAUAUCACGCAGGGAAGCCACAGAACGCCUGACUUCUGAUCUUUCUAAAAUUUCUGAUUGGGGCAGAGCAAACUUGGUAUUGUUCAAUGCCUCAAAAACUCAAUUCCUCCAUCUAUCAACUCGACACAAUCUUCCAGACAACUAUCCCCUCUUCUUCAAUGACACUCAACUGUCCCCCUCUUCUACACUGAACAUCCUCGGUCUGUCCUUUACUUAUAAUCUGAACUGGAAACUUCACAUCUCAUCUCUAGCUAAAACAGCUUCUAUGAAGUUAGGUGUUCUGAGACGUCUCCGCCAGUUUUUCUCACCCCCCCAGCUGCUAACUCUGUACAAGGGCCUUAUCCGUCCAUGUAUGGAGUAUGCUUCACGUGUCUGGGGGGGUUUCACUCAUACUGCUCUUCUAGACAGGGUGGAAUCAAAAGCUUUUCGUCUCAUCAACUCCUCUCCUCUAACUGACUGUCUUCAGCCCCUCUCUCACCGCCGCAAUGUUGCAUAUCUAGCUGUCUUCUACCGCUAUUUUCAUGCCAACUGCUCUUCUGAUCUUGCUAACUGCAUGCCUCCCCUCCUUCCGCGGCCUCGCUGCACAAGACUCUUCUUUCUCUCACCCCUAUUCUGUCCACCUCUCUAACGCAGGAGUUAACCAGUAUUCUCAAUCAUUCAUCCCUUUUUCUGGUAAACUGGAACUCCCUGCCUUCUUCUGUAUUUCCACCUUCCUAUGACUUGAAUUCCUUCAAGAGAGAGGUUUCAAGACACUUAUCCACCAAUUUUUGACCACUGCUUUGACCCUUUUAUGGGACUGGCAUUUCAGUGGGCAUUUUUUUUAUUAGAUUUUUGUUGCCCUUGGCCAGUAUCCUUCCUACAUAAAGAAAAAAAAAAAAAAAAAAAGGGAGUGAGUGGCACUCCCAGCUCACUGCCUCGCUCUCAACAGCUUGGGUUUUACUUCAGCAACCCACCGCUAUUGCUGGAGAGGCUCCACAUGAGAUACACAAAGAUCAAGGUACCGACAGUGACGCUUUGUUCUCGGUACAGGCAAGACGUGUUUGUCUUACUGCGGCGGUUUGCCAUUUUGGCAUUAGUUACCCGUUAUCUGAAUUUCAGAGCGGGUUGGCACUUAUUUUACACCUUACUCACUUUGUUUUACCUUACUUUAUUACCCCGUGAUCCUGUUGGAGCGGGAAGAGUGCCUGGUGUUCCUUUCCUGUUAUCCAUGAGGAGCGGGAAAACAUGGUGUUGAACAAGGUGAGGUUAUGCACACGUGUUACCUGUUAUUCAAACUUGGAGCAGGUUCUCAUUUAUUCAUUGUCUAUUGUUUUUUACUAGUGUGUUGUGGGUGUUAUACUGUGCCUUUGUCUCGGUGUUUUUCCCCGUUAUCUACAUUUGGGAGCGGGUGAAUGUAAACAAGCGGCCAUGGCGCGAUUAUUUCUUUGUGAUUGCUGGCCCGUGGUGCAAGUUUUAAGGUUCGAUUUGAUUAUAUCCCGUUAUCUGUAUUAAGAGCGGGCUGAACUAAGAUUAUUUUGUCUGUGUUUUUUCCCGUUAUCUCUCAGGAGCGGGACAGGUGACAGAGUGUACUGUUGUGAAGGAGUUUGGUUCAUCAAUAUGUCUUCCUCGGGGGAUUCUACACCUCCAAGAAGCGGUUCUUCACAUUCUUGUGGAAGCCGACUCUAUUCGUCCAAUAGGCAUAAAAAGAGGAAGAAUAUCCAACGGUCUGGGGCCUCUGCUAGGGAGGAUGAAGUUGCAAGUGAUCGUGUGUCUAAGAUGGACGCCCGACCACCAGCUAGCCAGUCUGGAGAUGUUAACAAUACUACGUUAUCCAAGUUUUUGGAGGCUUGGCCUGCACUUCAGGAGGAUGUGAAUAAACUUAAGAGUGACAGAGGUGCCAGGGCAAGUGUUGGUUCUGAGCCUGGCACAUCAGGCAUCAGAUCUGGGCCAGCACAGGACUUAGGGGGUACUCAUGAGAUUUCUGCCUCCCCUCCCCCUUCUUCCUCUGGUGCAUUUUCUGGCUUUAGGUCACAAGAAAUGAGUGCUGAAGAAGGUGAGAUCGAAGAUGAAGCUCCUUCGGGCAGUAUUCUGUUACAAGCAGCUAAGGCCUAUGUGCCUAUGGAUGACUGUUCUGAAGCUAUUGAAGAACCGAUUGCUGCAAUGGUGAAUCACUGGUUUUCUCAUGGUUUGAAAGAGGAAGACCAUAAGGAGAUUUUGGCAGAUGAGGCUUCUAAACGUCCUAGAAACUGUAAGGCACUUAUCCCAGUCGAGUGCAACUCACAAGUGCUGGAGGCCCUACCCACUGAGGCAAAGAAAGCUGAUUUCCGACUGAAGGAAAUUGGUAAGGAUAUAACUAAGGCUGCCACUAUUAUGGUUAAAUCACUUACUGUUCUGGACAAGUUUGCCAAUGAGGAGCAGAAUCAGGUUAUUGGUCAUGAGGUGGCUAUGCUUAAUGGUGCCUUGGGGUUGUUAGGGCAUGCAAACUUUAAACUGAAUAUGAAUAGACGGUUUUUCCUCAAACGAGAGAUAAACCAAAAGUAUGCGCACUUAUGCACUGAUAAGACUCCUGCGACUGGCUUACUGUUUGGGGAUGAUCUUACUCAAGCUACCAAACAGAUUGAGGGGGCCGAAAGGCUGAAGAACAAGUUUACCCACAAGAAGACUUCCCAUUUUGGAGCUCCAGGUCUUGGGAAGUUAAGUGGUGAUAAGCAACGUGGUUUCUUUGGGAAGCCAGCUUUCCGGGGUAUGUCUACCCGGUUUAAACCUUACGGUUUACACAAACCUGCCACCAGAGGGGACGGCCGCCCUUCUUAUCACAGAGGGAACUCCUCUUCAAAAAACCCAAGGGGCCAGGGACACUACAAUCCCCGGCAGUAAUUCAGGUGUCUACAGAAAAUGAGGGAGGAGAGAGCCAAGGGGUGGAUGGUUGUUCCAAUGUGGAAUUCCCAAUCUUGGAUGGGCCCUCUUCUGCAAAUGUUGAUCAAGGCCCCCAGGCUCAUCACUCAGAAAACAAAUGUACUACGACAUCCCUCAUCAGCGGAAGAACACCCGAUUAUGACCCACACCCAAUUGAUGGCAUGUCUUUUGUCAGGCAACAACUUAGAGGGAGAGGUGUAUCGUCAGAAGGUACAGAGAUUAUCAUGGCAUCGUGGAGACCAGGUACGAUGCGGCAAUAUAGACCACACAUUAAAAGAUGGUCAUCAUUUUGUGAUAGAUGGAAUAUCAAUCCCUCUACUCCAUCUGUAAUUAGUGUUUUGAAUUUCCUUUUGGAGACAUUUCAUAGAGGGGUGGGGUAUGAGUCUGUUAACACAGCAAGAGGUGCUCUCUCUGCUUUAGGCAUUACGUUGGAAGGAUGUAGAGCUGGGAAUCAUCCACUUAUCAAUAGGUUUAUGCGUGGUGUGUUUAACUUGAGACCCUCUUGCCCUAGGUAUGCUGAAACCUGGGAUGUGCAGCCAGUAUUGCAGAAGCUGAGGUCCAUGAGCCCAUUACAAGACCUAUCUUUGAAAUCUUUAACUUUGAAAUUGGUGAUGCUUAUGGCAUUGACUCAAGCUGCAAGAGUACAGACCUUACAUUUAUUAUUGUAUUCCAAUGCUAUUGUUGAUACCAAUUCUGUAUCUCUUUUGUUAGGGGGCAACAUUAAGCAGUGUCGUCCGAAGUUUAAUGUGAGAAUGCUUAAGUUUCAUGCUUAUUUACCUGAUUCUAGAAUGUGUGUUGUAAAUACCUUGAAGGAAUAUAUUAACAGAACGGAGAAUCUGAGAAAGGAAUUUGGGAAGGAUAAUGGGAAACUCCUCAUCAGUGUGGUGAAGCCACAUAAAAGUGUUUCCAAAGAUACAGUGGCAAGGUGGAUUAAAACUGUUCUUGUCAACUGUGGUAUCAAUACUAAGAAAUUCACGGCUGGCAGUGUUCGACCAGCCUCUGCUUCCAAGGCCAAAGCCAUGGAUGUCCCAGUUAACAUUAUCUUAUCUAAGGCAGGUUGGACUCAGGAGACAACCUUUGCUAAACACUAUAAUAAGGAGAUCACUCAGGUUUCAGAUUUUUUUCAAGAGGCCAUACUGGAUUCUGUAUUGUAAUGUUAACAGGUUUCUCUAUUCAUUUGCGUUGGAUCUCAAUUGACAUAUUUUGUUUGUUUUAUACGUGUACUAUAUGUUUUUGUAAGGGACAUAUCUGUUUAAGGAGGAGGAUUUUUCAUACAAUGAAGUUGGGAUACAUAUUUAGUUUGUUUAAUUUUCAAUCACUCACUUGGAGAACGUUAAGGAUUGUGUAGUUCUGAGAGUACACCCACAUGGCUUUAAAAUCUCAUGUGGAGCCUCUCCAGCAAUAGCGGUGGGUUGCUGAAGUAAAAUUAUAGAAGUACAUGAGACUUACCAUGGGUCAGUUGAAAUGUGCUUCGGAUUUUGCGAAGCAAGCCACCGCUGCUGGA